AUGUCCACAGAGGUUCAACCAUCGCAUACUCCUGCUCCACAACCAACCUCACCAAUCGCACCACCUCGCUCCAGCUCCUGGCACCCAUCUUCGAUCUUCCCGAGAAACAAACGAGGCAAGUCGCCACCACCGGCUGCUCUCAAUACUCAGGGUCAGAAGAGACAUCAUCGUCGAUCGUCAAGUUUGGGGGAAGCAUUGGCAAAGUUGAAGCCUAGUAAUCGUCCUGAAAGAGGAGGCACGUUGAGAAUUAGGAACGAAGAUGGGGAACAUCCUAUCGAAAACGAUGAUGGGGCCGAGAGUAACGGCAAUGGGCGUGCUUUUGAUAUGCCAGGUCCUGCCACUCUGGCAAAUCAUUCGCAGCAUGUUCAAUCUGGUCUGGUUGUCAGCUCGUCUGGCGAAGGGAACUGGAAAUCUAGCCAUCCAGGGCAUAAUUUUGAACACCCCGCGCUGGCUAGCCCAUCCAAGUAUGCGAGCUGGAGUCUGGAUAGAUCUCAGCGGAAGUGGACAGAUGCACGUCUCGCGCGUGAGAGGGAUUCCCGGAGCAAUGCUACUGGAAGCCCGGAGAGGCAAUUGGCGAGCGAUGCUUCGAGAGCUGUUGAAAGACGUCCUGGAUGGGAAUCAACAUCUCAGGGACAUGCCGCAGCCGUUGAUCCUGGCACUCAUGGCGGAGAUCACGACGCAGCAUACCAGAGGCUGGCGACCACUGCAGCAUUAUCCACAAGAGUUAGCCACGGAAGUCCUAAACCAAUUGGCGCUUCAGCUUUUAGAGGGACAAAUAGAUCUGCACAGUAUACCGACAGACCUGAAAGUGGAGGUAGAAACCGCGGCACGCAGGGAGAUGGAAAGGAGACGAUUCAUCCAACUGCAUCAGAGACAGCUCAAUCGGGAACAGAGAUGGAUGAAACAAGCACAAAUGAAAAACCUGGACAUGGAUCUGGAAGAGGGAACGGAUUGAGGAAGCUCUUGGGAUCGUGGGGUAAGAAGACCAACCCGGAGAAGUCCAGUGCGAGCCCGGAUAUCGAGCGAAUGAAGAAACCCGUACCUGCGCUACCUCCAAUGGCACAAGAUGAUCUAGGAUUCCGCGUCUCAGUCCCGAACUUCUCUGAAGACAAACAGAUCUCCACAGCACAGCAGAUGUUCGAGGACAAGAAAGCUAGACGAGAACAAAGACGCAGUCUCAAAGAGAGCGGAGAUUAUCUCGGAGUUCAAGGUGCUAAUCCAAGAACUGGGUACUGGGAUGUCAGCAGUGGAAGUGAACCAAGUCAGAUGAGUGAGGAGACCAAGCAAAAGCUCGACGAAGAAGCGAGGGAGGUAGCUGAGCGGAAGCGGCGGUACGAAGAAGCUGAGAAGAAACACCGAAUCGAGCUCGAUCGUGUUCAGACUAUGAGAGAGAACAAAAAGAAAAUGGAGAAGAAGAUGAAGCAAAGAAGGCGCGGGAAGUGGCAGUUGAGUGAGAAUGGCUGGAGUAGUGUUGCCGAACCAGAACUGAGUCCAAUUUUACAGUCCGUGGUUGGAACUCCAAUUGCUGACUUAUCUCCGGCUGAUCGCCUCUUUCCUAUGCCCACCGCUGCUGAUCCUACGCCUUAUGUCGACCCAACUGCAAUUAAUGAAAAGGACUAUUUUGGCCAUAGGCCUGUUUCCUCUCCUUUGAGGCAUGAAUAUCGGUCGACUGAAGCAGGAUCGACACACUCUAUACCUCGAAAACCUGUUGGUUCUCCUUCGCGUCGACAGAAUAACGAGUCUUCAAUCACUACCAUUCAUAACCCUGCGAUCUCAAGCCCAGCUCGUCUCACGCCUGGAACACCAAAUGGAGGAGAACAAAACGCUAUACAGGCAGGCUUGGGCAUAUCCAUAGCAGGCAACACAUCACCAUUACCAAAGUUGGAUUUCCCUCCAUCGACCAGAUCUCCUUCGCAAAGAUUGGAGUCUUUUUUAGAGAAGGCAGCUCAAAUGGAGGUGUCCGAAGACCCAUGCGAAAAAAGAGCUUCAGUGAUCUCAUACCAAUCAGUCUCGACGAAACAGGUCCAGAUCCACCGGCCGUCGGUCCAAAACCAGAGAAACCCAAGCAGGCAGGCCAGAAUCAUCACUUGCCUGAACGAACUACCACCGGUCAUACUGAAAGAUCCUUUCGCAGCCGGGCUCCCGUCGAACUCCCCGAUGAAAGAGACGUACCAGGUGUGGAUGCCACCCACCAUCAUAAGGACAGAGCCAGACCCAAUAUCAUCCACCAACAUGUCCACCACCACCACUACUGGAAACGAUCUUCGUCAGUCCCAUCCCGCCCAGCUCGACGGCCAAGAUACGAACGAAGGUCGAGCGAGAGUGCCAUUGCUACAGCACAAAUUAAGCCGGAUACCCUUGAGAAAGGACGCUUUUCACGACGGCCAACAGAGACAGCAGCAGAGCAUAUCGUGCCAAACUCAACCAGCAGACACCGUUACAUCAUCGGUACACCAACUCGGGCAGAUGAAGGAGCGGACCGCAAGAUUAUGUCAAAUGCCUUCUCCCGAAGGGGAAAAGGUGGAAAUGAAGAGCACACCCAUAUCCAUAUCUACGUCCCUCAGUCCAGAGGAGGACAAACAAGCAGCCCGAAACGCUGCGCAAAUGGCAUUUCAGCACCUCAGACAUACACUAGCUGUCAAGAAAGCAGAAAAGCGGAACGGGGACCAGCUUAUACCCCCAAAAUUGAGAAAGCAGAAGGUAGAAAUCAGGAGAGAAGCCAACCGGGUAGUCCCAGACGGCAGAGGAGGCAUAGGAAGUCCUUUGAAAACCAAACAAACAAUCAAAGUUGAGCCGAGUCCGAUCCGAAAGAAACCUGGUUCAGAAGACAAGCUCAUGGUCCGUCAUCCCCAUCCAAGUUCAGCGCCGAAAGCGGAGAAUGCGGGGAGAAUGAAGGGUAGGGACAGGAAAGCUGUUGUGUUACAUCAAGCUGGCAUGUCUCCAGUCAAUAGAGCCCUGAGACAAGCACAGGCGCAGCUGUCAGUCGGUCAGGUGGUUCUCGGGCUGCUGCAGAAUGCAUGGCUAUUCGUAGAACCUGUUUUCAACCCUGACUCUGGUAUCAGGAAGAGAUUCGACAAGCAGAGCCUGACAUGGCAAGAUAUCGGAUUAUUCUUUGCGGCCGCACUCUUCUGCGGAGGUAUGUUUAUUGUAUUGGUUAUUCUUGCUCGGGUGGUGGGGAUCGGAUUACAGGCGUUGAGAUCAUUUGGUGUUGUCUUUCGGCUCUUGAUAGGAGUCUAA